CCCCCUCCUGAUUGGGCCUCCUCCUUGCCAGGGCUGGAGACCAUAUAAAGGGAGGAGAGGGGAGGGGAGAAAGCGCGCGCGGGGAGGAGGAGGGGAGAGAGGCGCAAAAGGCACCCGCGCAAGGCCUCCCUCCCAUUGGCUGCGAUUCCCUUUGUGCGCCAGGCAGCUGCGAGCCUCAGCUCUCCAUUUGAAUGUAUACAGGGCACGGGGAAGGGACCAUUUCCAUGGGCCAUCUGUCUUACUCUAGCCCGCAGCAGCAGCAGCAGCACCAACCUCUCCAGAAACAGCAGACGCCAGCACUGCCAAAACCAUCACCAUCGCCACCGAAGAGGAGGAGGAGGAGGACCGCCGCCACCACCAUCACCAUCACCACCGAGGGAUAGUUUCAGCGCCAGGGGACCACAGCAGCUGGCCAAGAUGGUUUUGGUACACGUCGGCUAUCUUGUUCUUCCAGUGUUUGGCUCUGUGCGAAACAGAGGCGCUCCUUUUCAAAGGUCUCAGCAUCCUCAUGCUACCUCCUGCCGGCACUUCCACCUGGGCCCCCAGCCUCAGAUUUCCACAGACUUCCCCCUGCCUCACGCCGUCCAGCCUCACAUGGCAACCGCGCACCAGCACGGAGGCCCCCUGCACCCGCCCCUGCCGCCUCUGCCUGCCCUGCCAUUCCAGGAAGUGACGGGACCCUCUUUCCUACCUCAGGCCCUUCACCAGCAAUACCUCCUCCAGCAGCAGCUCCUUGAGGCCCAGCACCGCAGACUCAUGCCUCAUCCCAGGUCACCAUUAAGCUCUGUGCAGGCAACUGAUCCAGGGCGGACUCAGGAGCGUAUCUCUGUCCAACCUCAUCGGUUACAUCCAAGCUUCGAAUUUGGCCAUCAACUGCAGACUCCUCAACCCAUGGGCCCCCAGCCCAGAUAUUUAGCGGAAGGAACAGACUGGGAUCUCAGCGUCGAUGCUGGCCUAACUCACAACCAGUUCCAGGUCAGGCCAGUUCCACAACAUUAUCAGCAUUACUUAGCGACACAACGAAUGCAACAUUUCCCCCGGAACACGUCCUCAACGCAGAUGGUUGUUCAUGAAAUUAGAAACUACCCAUAUCCUCAGCUUCAGCUACUUGCUCUUCAGGGACUGAAUCCAAACAGACACACGUCCGCUGUGAGGGAAAGUUAUGAAGAGCUUUUGCAACUGGAAGACAGGCUGGGCAGUGUGAACAGGGGGGCCGUUCAGAACACCAUUGAACGGUUCACUUUCCCACACAAAUACAAGAAGAGGAGACCGCAGGAAAUCAAAGCAGUAAAGGAAGAUGGGGAGGAGUCGGACACCGAUGAGAAAUGCACAAUCUGUCUCUCGAUGCUGGAAGACGGAGAGGAUGUGAGGCGUUUACCUUGUAUGCAUCUGUUUCACCAAGUGUGUGUGGACCAGUGGCUCGCGACCAGCAAGAAAUGCCCCAUCUGCCGAGUGGACAUUGAAACACAGCUUGGGUCCGAUAGCUGAGAGGAGAACCACCUCUGGGGAUGUGUCCUCUUUUCCUUUCCUUUUCUUGGUCCUUCCUGGGGCGUCGCAGCCCCUUUGCAGCAAAAGUUUUGCCUUUCUGAGCCAUUUGAUUUUGUGUGUGUGUGUGAAGAAAGCCUGCAAGCACAUUCGCAGAUUAUUUAAAAAAAAUAAAAAUUAAAUUAAUUUUUAAAAGAAGAAGAAGAGGAAGACGAAAAUGAGGAAGACAGAAAAGAUGAUGAUGGUGAUGAUGAAGAAGAAGAGUUGGUGGUUUAUAAUAUCUAGAGGUAGGAGGAGAUCCGGGACACCUUGUUGACUGCGAAGCAUGGGUAUGCGCAGCUAGAAAGCCGGCGGGAAGAGUUAAGUUGUGGGAAGGACGGUACAUAAUGUUCCUAGUUAUGGCCUCUCAAUCCUGCUUCUCAAAAGGAUUGUAUAUAAUAUACCUCUUGAAUAAGUAGAAACACAUUAGGGGUUCUUUAGCUAUUUCUAUGGAUGGCUUCCAGAGCAUGUACGCUUAAAGAAAUGUCGUCUUUUGAUGCCCUGUCAUCUUGUGGUGGGUCUGUUGCUAUUAACCUAAUCUGCACCAAACAUCGCAUUGGGGGCUUUUGUUAUCUUUUCGUUUUUCCAUAAGGUUCCUUACUUUGGUGCCUGGCUGAAACAUUAUUGGGGGGUGGGGAGGGAAUGGGGAGACACAAAGACACAAGAGUCAAGUUCUUGCCUUGCUUGGGUGAAAACAGGAAAAAACAAAAUCCUGUUUACGCUGAAAAUAGCAAAAGAAAUAUAUAUAUAUAUUCUUUUCCCUUAGCAGCAUUUGACUCGGGAAAAGAUUGCGGUGAGGUAGGAAAUUAAAGAAAAUGAGGGAAAUUGGAAAUUGGAAGGAAAUUUGGGGGUUGGGAGAAAAGAGCGGGAAACUGUCUUUCCUGCUUAUCUGCUGGUGCUGGACAUGAUACUUAGGGCACAAGCCCAGGAUGAAUUUUGCUUCCUUCUGCUGGAUCUGAACGAUGGGUCUCCCAAGAGAGGAUUAGAGCAUCUCUCCACAAGCCACAGGCUUAGCCUACUUCUCCUUCAGAAAAAGACAUAUUAUUAAUUUGACACUCUCCCUUUUGGAGCAAUGGAACCAUUUUCUGCCUCUUUUAAAAACAACAUGGCAGCCAUUUGAUUGUCAGUAGGCAGAGUGGUCCUUUUAACCCUGGAGGGCUCUUUUGGCUCUCUAUCUUGUGACUGGGAGGAGGAAGCCAUCUUCAUCUGGUCUUGUGCAUGAGUUGGAUAGAUGGUUUAACCUCCUAGUUUUGCUAGUAGAAUACGCUGUCUUUGGUAACUGGUCUGGGUGAGUCUGAAAGGCCACAGGAAAUAGAUUCUGCCAUCUUUUGGCAACACAAUAAGCACAAGCCCUGCUCUCCAAAGCAUGGAGAACAGGGCCUAAAGACCACAUCUUGCCUGUUCUACCUUAAAUUCUUGCACAAAAGCUACAUGGGAAGUUUCUCAUCAAAUCCCAUAGAACUCUUCCAGAAAUAUUCCCCCACCUCGCUCUCUCAGGAUCCCAGAGACUGAAGGAACGGCAGGGGCUGACUGAGCAAAAUCUUCCACUUUUCUUCCAGAUCUUUGCGCUGUCUACCAUGUGUGUGUGUGUGUGUGUGUAUGUGUAUGUGUGUUUAGAGAGGUUUUAGCACUCAAGACAAACCCUGCAUUACUUAUUUUUCAAGUGCUGCAAAUUAAGUAAAGGGGAGGGGAGAAAUUCAGUCCAAAUUUAUAUGGUGAAAGCCCUUUUGAUACAUGGAAUAUUUUGAACGCGGACAACAUUUCAGGUUCCUGGAAAACAUUAGAAUGAUGCCCUGGUCUUGGGAGGCAACUGUGUGAUUGCGCAAGCAAAUACUGCGUGUGCAUAUAUAGUUAUUAUGUCCUGAAACUGGUUUUCAGGCUGUCGACUGCAUAAUAUGCACGUAAUGUAGCUAAGCUGGGCAGUCUCCACUGAAGGAGCAUUCCACAUCCUUAGCAGAACGGGGAAUGAAGUGUGCAAUCUGCUGUUCAGGAAGAGGAAUGAAGGACAGGACGAAUUCAGCCUUUCCCGAUUUCUUUUCCUCACCAAGCAGCUGACCAGCGGAAUGACAGCUUCCUUUACAAAACUUUCACCACACAGCAGAGGAGCCAACACUUAGGGGCCAUGGGGGCUUCGGCCCCCACAAUAAAACAUUUGUGGGGGCUAGGCUCCCACAAAGUUAAUGGGCAUUCCCAUUUAAAUGGUGUGUGUGAUUAAUUAUGUGGGAUGGGGCUGUCCUGGACCCCCACAAUAUUUUAUUCAAGUUGGCACCCCUGCCCCACAGCCCGACAUACUGCAAACACUUGCUUGGUUUUUGACCUGUAUAUUUAAACCGGUCUCAAAGUGGUCUAAAACAGAAGGCAAGGCCCCACUGGUAAAAUUACUUUUGCAUGCCUGUUCAAUAUUCUUUGUAGGAGAGUCCUUGGCCCAUGCACUCAUCACAGUGGUUCCUAGGGGCUCCUUGAGCAGGGACCAUAGCUGUCAACUUUUCCCUUUUCUUGCGAGGAAUCCUAUUCAGAAUAAGGGAAUUUCCCUUAAAAAAAGGGAAAGGUUGACAGCUAUGGCGGGGACCUUCAUAGGUAUUUUAUGUCCUUCCAUUUUAGACCUGAACCCAGGAUGGGCUAUAGCACAAAACAUACAAAACAAGUGAAGAUUUUUUU